GUAUUAUUUAUUUAUUUAUUUAUUUUUUAUGAAAGUGAAUGAACGCUGGGGAGUCAAGUCAGACGCAGGCAGUGCUUUGGCAGUCGGAGGUACGCGUCAACCUAGGCACAGCAGUCUCACCGGAGGACACACGAGAGCAAAACCGUCCACUUUCCAGUUGCCAGAAACCGAAAAGCAUGGGAGGCUAUUUCUAAACAAAACCACGGAGAGACAGCCUACACAGAGACCUACCAUGGCCGUGGACGCUGCGUCCAGUUUCAGUUUCUGUCGGACCGCCCUGGAGCACACGCUCUCUGCUGAGGAGCUCAGCUAUGAGCUGCCCCGCACGGGCGGGAGCCUGACCUGGCAUGACGGGCGGGGGCAGCAGACGGCCGGCGGAAGGACCGUGAAGCUGCUUCAGCAACCCGGGACCGAGGCCCUGCAGCUGCGGCCAGGUGAGGCCUUCACAGUAUACCACACCAGCCCCACGCUCUCCAGUCUGUCCAAGCCUGUGGUCCUGUGGACACAGCAGGACGUCUGCAAGUGGCUGAAGAAGCACUGUCCCCACAACUACCUGACCUACGUCGAGGCCUUCUCACACCACGCCAUCACAGGACGGGCCCUGUUGCGGCUCAACGGGGAGAAGCUGGAGCGCAUGGGCAUCGCGCAGGAGACGCUGCGGCAGGAGGUGCUGCAGCAGGUGCUGCAGCUGCAGGUGCGAGAGGAGGUGCGCAACCUGCAGCUGCUCAGCCGAGCUUCCUUUGGAAACCUAUCUUAGCUCAUCCAUCCGUUUGGCAGCUCUCUCUGACACAACGGAUCUCUCAUACCUCUGGGAGGAACUGAACAGUCCAGAUAUGUGAAUGGAAGAUCAUGCCUUGAAUUUGAAAGGAGAAUUUCAUUUCUGCCAACUUGGGGGUACAGACAGCAAUCUACGCAUUUUUUAAAAGACAAUGCUGUGUUCAGCAAUGAGACUGAUACUGUAAUAUAGUGAUCAAAUAUUAGAUUGCUAACAACGAAAAGCAGAAUCACUCAGAUUAUCAUCUGUGAAAUCAUUUUUAUUGUUUAUUUAUUGGAGGUGGUUGAGGGGAAUAGAGGGGUUUGCUGGAUGUUGCAGUUUGGGAAGGUGUUGCAAUGAAACUACUGAGUGGCUAUGAUACGUCAGCAAUGAAGAAGUCCUAGCAGGCCUGUGCUACUGUAUGGUUCAUUAAUAUUUUCCCUGUUGCACGGAGUCUAAAAUUAUGCUAAAAUUCCUGGUAUGGUGGAACACAAUCAUCAUCAUCCCUGUUACUGCUAUUAUAGGCCACACAUUACCUUCUCGAACUGUUUCCCAGUGGAGUGCAUUUGCAACAUUGCUGGCUGUAGGACAAAAAAGGAUGAACCCGUCAGCAAAUGUUUGUGAAUGCUCACGCAGUCCAAAUGUCUCUAAUGUGGGUUCAUACCUUCACAACGUCCUGGUCUUUUAUCUGAAUUGAUCUUUGUAAAACAACCGUGGGACAACCCCAUCAACUCUGUACCACAGAAUGUGGCUUCUUCAAUAUCACAUUCUAACCUGUGGUUGAUAAUGUCAUUUUCAUCUCAGUAUUUAGACUUUGAUUUUUCUUUUUUAGGCCCUGAUUUGUUUACCACCCACAGAUUUCCAUCCUCUAAAGCACUUACUGAUUCAGUUAGUUGCAACCAUUUUAUAAAGCCUCACCGUUCAAACAUAUAGUAUGUAGCUACUGAAAGAUUCACUCUAUGAACACCUCUAUAUUCUAUGUAAUUUGUUGAAAAUACAAGGGAAAAAAAAUAUAUAGCAAUAAUUAAACAGGCAUUGUGAGUCCAGGAUUACUGUGAAAGUGUGUCCUCUGAUUAUGUCUGUUAUUUCAAUACUGUAGAGCUUUCACAAUAACAGUACCUUUAUUAGAGCAUUCCUUCUGAUAACAAAAAAUGAGCAUCAAUUUCCAAAAGAAAAAAAUUUCCCAUCUUUUAAAAAUGAGAUUUGUGACUUGGCUUCCAUCACUAUAUUCCACAAAAAGGAACUCAUUCAUUGACGUUUAGUAUGCCAUAUGGUGAAAAUACACUAAAAAAUACACUAUUUGAAUAGCAAUAGGGUGCCCUGGUAAGAAGACAAUGACAUAUUGACUCUUAAACUUUUCUUCAAAAUUAUAACUCAGAUUUUCCAUGUAUGAAUCAGUAAUUGAGAAAACACAUAUUUGUAAUGUAAUUUGUGUUCCUGUUUGUCGUAUUUUAUCUUAUGGCAAAAAAAAAACCUCCAUGAAUGAGUCAAACAGCCAGAAAUCGACUUUCAGUAAUUGUUAUUCUCAUGGAAAGCAAUGGUCUGAUGUGAGUUUAGUGGCCAUGAAGGAUUGAAUCGAAUCAGAAUGUAGCACUCAGGAAUGUGAGUCCUGUAGCACUGUGAACAGUUAUUUACGACUGAGAAACUAAAUCAUCUGCAUGGACUGACUUCAUCUAUUUGAAACCGAUUGUGGCUUUUGGCUCACAGACUAUUGGCAAGAUGCAUCCUAUAAUAAUAACUCCAUACCAGUAAGAUAGAAUAUUGACUACAAAAACGCAGAAGGAAUCAUGCUUAUGUGACAGUUCACAAAUACACAGAACGCUAGAUAGUGAUACCCGUGUUUGUUUUCUUAAAAGCACAGCGCAUAUUCCACCUGAUAUUAUUCACACUACACUUGACAAACUGUAAUUUCCCACUCUGCCACCUUAAAAGGGCACUGCAGUCAAAAUCCAUUAUUUGAUGUGUUGUAUAAGUAUGAAAGAUGAACUUGACCGAGCAAUGCUUCUGAAGUCGAGCUAGCCCUUAGCUGAACCCUGGUCCCCACUGCUACGGUGAUGUAAUUGUGACUAAGGCAACUCUGAGCUAUUGCUGCAAGCCAGAGGCAGGAAAAGUAAAAAUUAUAUACAUAUAUUUUAAUAAGUAUAUACAUAUAUAUGUAUAUACUUAUGAAAUAUUCAUAGUUCAAACCUGUACAAUUAGACAAAAUACAGUGACAACGUCUGUUCAUUUUGUCAACCUUGUGCUUCCUAAAACAGCAACCGCUCAGAGCAAGAGCUCAGAGCUGCCUUCACUGCAGCUACAUCAAUGGAAACCCGAAGGGUGGUUUGAAUUUUGGGAGCAUCGCUCUCACUCCUCAAGUUGAUGCCUCAGACAUAUUAUACAACAUAUCAAUUAAUAGACUUUGACAGGAGCAUGAUGCUAGAAGGUUGCAAAGCAGGCAGCAGAUUAGAAGAAACUGCUGACAUGAACCAUCAGUUUCAACUGAGCUCUCUCGUGGAUCUGUCUUCCGGGUUGUCAUUGUUCACUGUGGGCCCUGCCUCAUUGCCACACUCACAGUCACAAAUCUCCUCAGUAGACCCUGACUGUUUGGGGGUCAGAGAAUCUGACUGUUAAACAGACAAACUUUCUUUUAUAGGAAAAGUGGUGUUUAGUUCCAUUUUUGACACAUUAUGCAAAAUGGAUAUGAAAAUUUCAAGUAAUUACCAGUUGUACAGAAUAUGGGGAAAUGUUUUUUUAAAUAAAAUAAAUUCAGACA